AUGGACGACAGUUCGCACCGUGAAAAUGGGCGACACAAACCGCCUCAGGGUCAGUGGCUGAUGCAGCACCAGCCUUCCAUGAAACAAAUAAUGGCGAUAAUGGCCGAACGAGACGCCGCCAUCCAAGAACGCAACCUUGCCCUCUCGGAAAAAAAGGCUGCCCUUGCCGAACGUGACAUGGCCAUCCUCCAACGUGACUCCGCCAUAGCCGAGCGCAACAGCGCCAUUAUCGAGCGAGACAACGCCAUUGCUACCCUCCAAUACCGAGAAAACGCCUUAAACAACAACACAAACAUCUCCCAAUGCCCGCCCGGCUGCCAAAUCGGGCGCGGGGUCAAGCACAUUCACCACCCUCAUCACCCCUUAACCGAGCCCCAUUACGAGACGGGCCCUUCCCCAGCCGAUCCCGCGAAACCAGCCCGCCGCACGAAGCGGGCUGGCAGCAAGCCCGCCGUGACCCGAAAGGCCACCCCCAAGAAGGUGAAGCAAGAAGGGCAGGCUGAUCAGGCUCACGAGUGGAGAGGAGGGCCCGGGCCCGGGCUCGGGCUGAAGCAGGAGCAGCAGCAGCAGUGGAAAGAGCAGGACCUUGGGCUGAACCAGGUGGCGUUCGACGAGAGCACGAUGCCGGUGCCCGUGUGCUCAUGCACAGGAGUCUUGAGGCCUUGCUACAAGUGGGGCAAUGGUGGGUGGCAAUCCUCGUGCUGCACGACUAGCCUGUCAAUGUACCCGCUGCCGGCCGUGCCUAACAAGCGGCACGCAAGGGUCGGUGGGCGCAAGAUGAGCGGGAGCGCUUUCAACAAGCUUCUCAGCCGGCUGGCGGCUGAGGGACACGACCUGUCGAGCCCCGUUGACUUGAAGGACCACUGGGCCAAACACGGGACUAACCGCUACAUAACCAUCAAAUGA